CGAACCUGAUAUGUGCAGCAGUAGAGAUGUGGUCGCAGCUGUUUGCGAGAACUAUGGCUUCGCAAAGCUAUGAUCCAGACACUCUCGACAUACUCGCCCAAAUAGAGUGUUUGAAACUCAGAAACAAAUUAAAGCCUCUUUUGGGGGGCUCAUGCGACAUUGAGCCGCUGAGACGAUUAACAAAUGGAGCCAGACCGCGGCAAAGCAGAUUCACGUAUACUGACACUGUAAUUUGUCAGAUCCCUACACUUAGAUUCAAGGAUGGUGAGAUGCGCCCCACUGAUUCCCCUCCAUACGGUUUACGAAAUUAUUUCGGCAUUGGUACACCAGUGGUCACAUCUAACGAAACUGUAUUUAUGAUUAAAACAAUGAGUACGGUGGAAUCGGGAUAUCUUAUGACCUUGAAUGAACGCGUGUGUGUUUUCCCCAAUCGAAGGUUCGUAAUUUGUCGAGAUGGAUUAAUUGGAGAAGGGCGCUUUAUUGAGCCGUAUUCUGAGAGCAAAAACCCGACUUUAGUGGAGAAGUUGAUGGAAGAUUUCGAGCUCAUUCCUCGUAAUCUCGCCGUGCAGAUUCGCAACGAAAUCCAAGCGAAAGAAGUUGAGCUUGGUGGAGCACAGCCAAGUAGCUCACAUUUAGACGAUGUGGACUGAUAGCUCGAAUUAAAAAACCGAAGAACAAGCAGAGUAUUCGAAGAUGCAUUCCAUGCUAUGACGUUACCCGAAUAGUUCUGUGGUUUAUAUGUUUAAGGUAGUGGUGGUUGGCUAGUUAGCAGUCCUUUGUUCCCGUAUAAUUCUUUACAGAUUCAAAAGUGCAUGUUCCAUCUUAUAAAUAUAUGAAGCUGA